AUGGGGUGCAUAGGCAAGGUACCGGUGAUGACGCGGCGAUGGCUGCAUGGGAGGCACACCGCCGGCGACUGCAGGAGUCUCAUGAUAGGCGGCGGAGGGCCUUGGGAAAAUCCUUUGGCACGCCCAGCCCUCACAGCUCCGCGCGGGCCUCGCCUGGCCCAAAGGCAGGAACAAAGACGGAGAGCUCGGGCGGAAGUGCAGCAAUGGAGUCCAGCGGGGACCCAGCCCUCGAGGCAGGAGGGGGGGGGGCAGCAGAACUGGCUGUUGGGGGAGGCCCAGAAGCCACAAGCAAGGGAGCAGCAAGUGCGGCCGGCGGGACGGCAGCAGGAGCUGCCGGCGAGAGGGGAGCAGCACCUGCUGGCGAGAGGGGAGCAGGAGCUGCCGGCGAGAGGGGAGCAGGAGCUGCCGGCGAGAGGGCAGCAAGAGCCGCAGGCAAGAGGGCGGCAGGCGCGGUCGGCAGGCGAGCAGCAGGUACUGCCGAAGGGAGAGCAGCAGGAGCGGCCGGCGGGAGGGCAGCUGGAGCUGAUGGCGGGGGGGGCAGCAGGAGCUGCAGGCAGGAGGGCAGCGGGAGGUGCCAGCGGGAGGGCAGCAGGAGGUGCCAGCGGGAGGGCAGCAGGAGGUGCCAGCGGGAGGGCAGCAGGAGGCGCCAGCAAGAGGGCAGCAAGAGGUGCCGGCGAUGAGGGCAGCAGGAGGUGCCGGCGAGAGGGCAGCAGGAGGCUGGCCACAGGCAGGAGGGCAGCAGGGGCCGCCCGGGGAGGAGAGCAGCUUGAGCUGCCAAGGGAAGAGCAGCAGAAGCCGCCGGGGGUGGGGCAGCUGCCGGCAAGGGAGCAGCAAGCGGUGGAUGUGGAGAUGGCCGAGCUACUGCCAGAGGUGCAGCAGGACCAAUCAGGGAACCAGGUCCGGCUGCAGGCAGGAGGGCAGCAGGAGCUGCCGGGGGAGGAGCGGCAGGAGCUGCCAACAGGAGGGCAGCUGGGGCGGCGUCGGGGGAGGGCAGCAGGAGCUGUCGGAGGGGGAGCGGCGGGAGCUGCCGGCGCGGGGGCAGCUGGAGGAGAGCAGCAGCCAGGGGGGCAGCCGGGGGUGCCCGGGGCACCCCAGGGAGUGCAGCAGGCAGGGGGGCAGCCGUGGGUGCCCGGGGCACCCCAGGGAGUGCUGCAGGCAGGGGGGCAGCCGAGGGUGCCCGGAGCACCCCAGGGAGUGCAGCAGGCAGGGGGGCAGCCGGGGGUGCCCGGGGCACCCCAGAGUGCAGCAGGCAGGGGGGCAGCCGGGGGUGCCCGGGGCUCCCCAGGGAGUGCAGCAGGCAGGAGGGCAGCUGAGAGUGCCCGGGGCACCCCAGGGAGCGCAGCAGGCAGGAGGGCAGCCGAGGGUGCCCAGGGCACCCCAGGGAGUGCAGCAGGCAGGAGGGCAGCCGAGGUUGCCCGGGGCACCCCAGGGAGUGCAGCAGGCAGGAGGGCAGCAGGGGGUGCCCGGGGCACCCCAUGGAGUGCAGCAGGCAGGAGGGCAGCCGAGGGUACCCGGAGCACCCCAGGGAGGGCAGCAGGCAGGGGGGCAGCCGAGGGUGCCCGGGGCACCCCAGGGAGUGCAGCAGGCAGGGGGGCAGCGGGGGUGCCCGGGGCUCCCCAGAGAGUGCAGCAGGCAGGAGGGCAGCUGAGGGUGCCCGGGGCACCCCAGGGAGCGCAGCAGGCAGGAGGGCAGCCGAGGGUGCCCAGGGCACCCCAGGGAGUACAGCAGGCAGGAGGGCAGCCGAGGGUGCCCGGGGCACCCCAGGGAGUGCAGCAGGCAGGAGGGCAGCAGGGGGUGCCCGGGGCACCCCAGGGAGUGCAGCAGGCAGGAGGGCAGCCGAGGGUACCCGGAGCACCCAGGGAGUGCAGCAGGCAGGAGGGCAGCCGAGGGUGCCCGGGGCACCCCAGGGAGUGCAGCAGGCAGGGGGGCAGCUGGGGGUGCCCGGGGCACCCCAGGGAGUGCAGCAGGCAGGAGGGCAGCCGAGGGUGCCCGGGGCACCCUAGGGAACGCAGCAGGCAGGAGGGCAGCCGGGGGUGCCCGGGGCACCCCAGGGAGUGCAGCAGGCAGGGGGGCAGCCGGGGGUGCCCGGGGCACCCCAGGGAGUGCAGCAGGCAGGGGGGCAGCCGGGGGUGCUCGGGGCACCCCAGGGAGUGCAGCAGGCAGGAGGGCAGCCGAGGGUGCCUGGGGCACCCCAGGGAGUGCAGCAGGCAGGAGGGCAGCCGAGGGUGCCCGGGCACCCCAGGGUGUGCAGCAGGCAGGAGGGCAGCCGGGGGUGCCCAGGGCACCCCAGCGAGUGCAGCAGGCAGGGGGGCAACCGGGGGUGCCCGGGGCACCCCAGGGGGUGCAGCAGGCAGGGGGGCAGCCGGGGGUGCCCGGAGCACCCCAGGGAGUGCAGCAGGCAGGAGGGCAGCCGAGGGUGCCCGGGGCACCCCAGGGAGUGCAGCGGGCAGGUGGGGAGCCAGGGGUGCCCGGAGCACCCCAGGGAGUGCAGCAGGCAGGAGGGCAGCCGGGGGUGCCCGGGGCAUCCCAGGGAGUGCAGCAGGCAGGAGGGCAGCCGAGGGUGCCCGGGGCACCCCAGGGAGUGCAGCAGGCAGGAGGGCAGCUGAGGGUGCCCGGGCACCCCAGGGAGUGCAGCAGGUAGGAGGGCAACCGAGGAUGCCUGGAGCACCCCAGGGAGAGCAGCAGGCUGGGGGGCAGCCGGGGGUGACCGGAGCACCCCAGGGGGAGCAGCAGCUAGGGGGGCAGCCGGGGGUGACCCGAGCACCCCAGGGCGAGCAGCAGGCAGGGGAGCAGCCGGGGGUGACCGGAGCACCCCAGGGAGUGCAGCUGGGAGGAGGGCAGCCGAUGGUGCCUGGGGAACCCCAGGGAGUGCAGCAGGCAGGAGGGCAGCCGAGGGUGCCCAGAGCACCCCAGGGAGAGCAGCAGGCAGGGGGGCAGCCGGGGGUGACCGGGGCACCCCAGGGAGCGCAGCAGCCAGGGGGGCAGCCGAGGGUGCCCUGGGCACCCCAAGGAGCGCAGCAAGCAGGGGGGAGAUCGAUGGACGACCAGGAGCAACAGUUGGAGGAGUGGUGUCGACUUCUGGAGCUUGAUACCCCCAUGGCAACUACGGAGGAGUCAGAGGCGGACGAAGAACCUCCCAUGCCGCCUUCCCCAUGCCCCCGCUUCCCGUGCGACACGUGUUUCCACACUUUCGCUACGCGGGGGGCCGCUGCGAACCACCUGAGGGUAUGCCGAGCGGCUGAGGCGGAGAGGCGUGCACAGGCUCUCGGCUCGAUUCCGUCUCUGGUGGAGACCGACACGCAGGAGCGAUCGACGCCGCGGGAAGGGGAAUUGGGGACGCGUGGGCUGGGGUUAUGUCAUGGGAAUGGGAAACAUUUUUCAGUGUGGAGGCGGUUAGAGGGAGGACAGUUCGCCGGAUCCCACAGCGGGCCAGGCAUAGGUCAGAAGGCGCUGAUCACAGAGCGGUUGGGUGCUUUCUGGGAGGGGAGGUGGCGGGAGCUGUUCGACUUUGCCAUGGCGGCAGCGCGGCCAGCAGUUCGCCCACUUUCCUACACUCGCUCUGACCAUGACCCGGAUGCCAUUCGCCUGUCACGGUGCCGAUCUCGUCGCUGCGAGAGAAGCACCCGGCUAGCAGCAGGCGACGAGGUACCACAGUGGGUCCGCAAUUUCACCAUCGAUACCGCUCAGCGGCCUUCACUCACGACCGACAUCCUGGCCAGAGCUAUCCAUACAGCCGCUCGAGCCUCAGCAGCAGGGCCAUCAGGGUGGGUCACAGAGCAUCUGCGCGACACCUUCCUCACUGAACCUACCUGCCUCUCCCACCUGUUGGAAGUGUUCAACCAAUGGGUGGCGGGACAGGUCCCCGAGCGGGCUCGGCCGUGGCUCGCCGCAUCCAACCUAGUCGGGCUUUCCAAGCCUAACGGCGACGUCCGGCCGGUGGCUAUCGGGGAGGUGCUUCCUCGUAUCCUUGCUCGAGCUCUCUGCAUCUCGCUCCGCCCUGCGAUGGUUUCCUACUUCCUGCAGUGCAACCAGCUGGGAGCGGGCACCAAGGUCGGGGCGGAAAUUCUCACUCAUUCUUUCCGGUCAGCGCUGGCCACUCACCCCGACUGGUGUGCGCUACAGAUAGACGUCGCAAACGCCUUCAAUUCGUUUCACCGUCAUCGACCUGUACCUCCGAGCGGGCCCUUUCGUACAGAGCCUCGAGUCAGCACGGGGAUCGAGGCAAGGGGACCCGCUCGGCCUUUUCUUUUCGCGUUCACGCAGCAGCAGGUGAUGGAGCCGGUUACUAGGGAGUUCAAGGACCUACUUUUCCUCAGCUAUGCAGACGAUACCUAUAUUUUGGGGCCAGCGGCUAGGAUUCUGGAGGCUUUUGGGGUGCUGCGGGAGCGGUUGGAGUGGGUAGGGCUGGAGGUGCAGGCGCACAAGUGCCGGUUUUGGGAGCGCGAGGGCAAGGAGGUGGAGCGGGCACUGCCAUGGGGAUGCAGCAGGUGGAUGAGGAUGGCUUCACACCUCCUCGCCAUUGCAGUUUCAGCGCGGCCGAUGUACCUCGCCGGACUAUGCCCGGACCGCCCGCGUCCGGAGGUGGUUGAGGCUUUUAGGGAUUGGGACAGCUGUUUAGAGGAUUGCUUUGAGCAGCUUUUCCCACCUGGCACUUGGGAGCAGGACCCCGACCGGUCUAGGCGCGCACGCAUGCAGCUGCAUCUCCCUGUGCGUCUCGGUGGGUUCGGGAUCCGGGCGGCGGCCUCUUUGAGCCCACUGUCCUAUGUUUGCGGGUGGGCGCAGGCCGCGCGGGACAUUGCACAGUUAGGGGUGGCGGGUGAGGAGGCGAUGUUUGCUGAGUACCUCACCACUUCGAUAGGGGCAGAGUUUCUUGACCCGUGGUUUGUCAAGGCUCUCGAGCAGCUGCCAGCGACUAUCCGCCACGAGAUACCGGGCUUACCUCUGUGUGUAGCGGCCCCUCCUGUUCGGCUUUUCCAGGCGCGUCAACGGCAGUUAGCUGUAGAGGAGCUCCACCCACUGCGCCGCUUGGCUCAUCUCACAUUCACUGCGGCUGAGUGGGGCAUUGCUGCUGCUAUACGGCUCGGCCUCCCAACUCAGCAGCUGCAGGUGGCGGGGAGGUGUGUUUGUGGCACAGCGUAUGUUGACCCAGCAGACCCGCACCAUGCCCUGAGAUGCAGGCACCAGCAUGGUCCUUCUCGGGUGCAUGAUGAGGUGAAGUUUGCGGUGGCGAAGAUCUCUAAGGCGGGGGGGGGGGUGGUGACAUUGGAGGAUAGUGUGGUGCUGCAAGGGAAGCGGGUUGAUGUGGCGGUGCGACGUCCAAUGGCUGGAGAGGCUCACGCCCUAGAGAUCAGCGUCGCGGACCCGCUAUCGCUGUCUCCAUCACUGCUGGGACAGUCCGGGCGUCAAAUAGGUGUGGCGGCAAGGGAAUGGGAGCGUCGCAAAACGAGUGAUUACGCGCCUCUGCUUGCACGCAACCGGGGCGUGCAGUUCACCCCUUUGAUAGUUGAGACGUGGGGGUGUCUCGGCGGCCGUUUUCAGCGGUGGCUUCGUCAGCAGGGGGAUGCGCACGUGGGGCUAGCUGUGUGUCGGGGGGCUUGUCGAGAGGACGACUCUGUGUUUUCGGCUUAUCUUUUAGGGUCACUGAAGGCGCUCAUCGGGGUGGCGUCACAACGUGCGCAAGCCCGUGUCAUCCUGCUUCGAGCGGCGUCUUCCAUGGGGGGGAUUAACGUAGAUUUGGCGGAUCGGGGAGAGGGACGAUGUCGAUGUGGAAGGCGGGGCUCUCUGGGUGGAGGCCCCGUACAUGGUCGAUACGUUGAUGUGAUUGAGGGGGGGGGGGGGGGGAUGGGAUGUCUUGAUGGGGUGUCUUGA